AUGAGUGACAUAUUUGAAGCUACGUAUGCAAUCGCAAUGCAUUGCGAGAAAUGUACUAAUGAGAUACAAAAGUCAUUAGACACUAUCCCAGGUGAGAAAGAAGUUGAAUUCAACAUCGAGAAAGAUAUCAUGAAAGUAAAGAGUGCAAUUCCUCCCAGCACGAUCAUCGACACGGUCUCCAAGGAUUGUAAGAAAGACGUCAUUAUCAGAGGUGCAGGAGCCAGCAAUGGUUCUGCUGUGUGCAUCCUAGAGAGCAGCGAUCUCAGUGGUAAAGUGAAAGGGUUAGUCAGAAUGGUUGAGAUCAAUGACGGCCACAAGACUUUAUUCGAUGUCACCGUGGAUGGAGUCGACCAUGCCGGCGCAUACAAGAUCAAGGUCCACGAGAACGGUGAUAUCAGCAAGGGUAUCUCCAGUUGUGGCAACACACUGUACGAUCUGAAAGAAUCCGUUGAUGUGUCUUCGGAACAAGGCAAGAGGUUCUUUGGCGUCGACGAGCUGCCAGUAUGGAAACUGCUCGGUCGCAGCAUCAGUGUGAGCACUGACGCUGCCCCAACCGCUGGAAUCGUCGGUGUGGUGGCCCGUAGUGCAGGUAUCUGGGAGAACGACAAGCACGUAUGUGCAUGCAGCGGCAAGACCAUCUGGGAAGAGAGGAAGGAUGCUUUAAAGCACAACAUCAAGCACUGA